AUGCCUCCGCCGGGAGACACGGAUGGCGCCGUCAGGAGCGACGAGGCUGGCGAGGCGCCGCAUUCGGUCGUCGUCCUGCCGGCGACUAGCGAUCUGAGCAGUACAUUGAGGCCGUUGGCGUCGGAGCAGGGCGAGACGUCGAAGAGCCGUGACGAGCGCCUCUACAUCGCUCUACAGGCGACUCACAUCGUCACGCGGCGGAUGUAG